UAAUAGUUUAAUACGUUUAAAUACCAGUUUCUAUUUGAAAUAAUUCAUACUAGGAAAGUUCCUAACAAUCUUUACUUACGUAAUAGUAAGAUAUUAAUUAAUUCUGUGAUAUCAAGUAUUUCAACAUACAUAAUCGAGGAAAAAGGAAGAAAAAACCAUGUCAAUCUUAAUGCGCAUGCGACCAGUGAAUAGUGGGGGGAUCCUUUGGGAGAAAAUAUUCCAUAUUCCGGAACGAAGAGGAAUAUCUGCUCCUGCUUCGAAAAAGAUAAAAAUGGGAAAACUUACUCAAGAAGAACGAGAACAAGAUUUGAAACCCUUGUUGUCCAGUGGUUGGUCUGUGCAACAAAAUAGAGAUGCUAUUUACAAGGAAUUUUUAUUCAAAAACUUCAAUCAGGCAUUUGGCUUUAUGACUAGAGUUGCAAUGCAAGCAGAAAAAAUGGAUCAUCACCCUGAAUGGUUCAAUGUUUACAAUAAAGUGAACAUUACUUUAUCUUCUCACGAUGUAAAUGGUUUGUCACAAAGAGAUGUCAAGCUAGCAUCUUUUAUCGAUAAGACUGCCAAAAUGGAAUAAUAUUGUUGAAAUAGUCUUCGUAUUCAAACGAUUGUUUUCUGGUAAUUGUUUUAAACGUAGAUAUAUUUGUAUAUGUAGUCUUGAAGACUAUGGAAGAAACGAUUAAUAUAUAAGCAUUAUUUUUUUGUAUAAUUUGAAUAAAUAAAUAUUUCGUCCUACUGGA